UUAACAUGGCGGACAUGGAGGUGCGAGACAUGGAGGCAAAGGACCACACGCUGCUGGUUUACAUGGUCUCGAGCAAGGAGGUAAAGCUGGAGGAGGACAUGGAGGGCAAGCGGGAGGUUUACAAGGACGGGCGCACGGUGGUAAAGCAGGAGGGGGACAAGGAGGGCAAGCUGGUGGCUUACAAGGUCGUGCGCAUGGUGGUAAAGCAGGUGGAGGGCAAGGUGCACAACAUGGUGGUUUACAUGGUUUUGAACAAGGAGGCAAUGCAGGAGGGGGACAUGGUGGGCAACAUGGAGGUUUGCAAGGUUUUGCACAUGGCGGUAACGAAGGAGGGGGGCAAGGUGGACAGCAUGGAGGUUUGCAUGGUCUGGCACAAGGCGGUAAAGCCGGUGGAGGACAUGGCGGACAACAUGGAGGCUUACAUGGCUUUGCACAUGGUGGUAAAGCUGGAGGUGGACAUGGCGCACAACAUGGAGGUUUACAUGGUUUUGCACAUGGCGGUAGAGCUGGUGGGGGACAUGGUGGACAACAUGGUGGUUUACAGGGUUUAGCACACGGUGGUAAAGCAGGAGGAGGGCACGGCGGGCAACACGGAGGUUUGCAUGGCUUUGCGCAUGGCGGUAAAGCCGGUGGAGGACAUGGUGGACAACAUGGAGGUUUGCAUGGUUUUGCACACGGUGGUAAAGCCGGCGGAGGACAUGGUGGACAGCACGGAGGUUUACAUGGUUUUGCGCAUGGUGGCAAGGCUGGCGGAGGACACGGUGGGCAACAUGGAGGUUUGCAUGGUUUUGCACAUGGUGGUAAUGCAGAAGGAGGACAUGGUGGACAACAUGGAGGUUUACAUGGUUUUGCACAAGGUGGCAAUGCAGGUGGAGGACAUGGUGGGCAACAAGGAGGUUUACAUGGUUUCGCACAAGGUGGUAACGCUGGUGGAGGACACGGUGGACAGCAUGGAGGUUUGCAUGGUUUUGCACAUGGCGGUAGAGCCGAUGGGGGACAUGGUGGGCAACAAGGAGGUUUACAUGGUUUUGCACAAGGUGGUAAUGCAGGAGGAGGACAUGGUGGACAACAUGGAGGUUUACAUGGUUUCGCACAAGGUGGCAAUGCAGGUGGAGGACAUGGUGGGCAACAAGGAGGUUUACAUGGUUUUGCACAAGGUGGUAAUGCAGGAGGAGGACAUGGUGGACAACAUGGAGGUUUACAUGGUUUUGCACAAGGUGGUAAUGCAGGAGGAGGACAUGGUGGGCAACAAGGAGGUUUACAAGGUUUCGCACAGGGUGGUAAUGCAGGAGGAGGACAUGGUGGACAACAAGGCGGUUUGCAUGGUUUUGCACAAGGAGGCAAUGCAGGUGGAGGACAUGGUGGACAACAAGGAGGUUUACAUGGUUUUGCACAUGGCGGUAGAGCCGAUGGGGGACAUGGUGGGCAACAAGGAGGUUUACAUGGUUUUGCACAAGGUGGUAAUGCAGGAGGAGGACAUGGUGGACAACAUGGAGGUUUGCAUGGUUUUGCGCAUGGCGGUAAAGCUGGUGGGGGACAUGGUGGGCAACAAGGAGGUUUACAUGGUUUUGAACAAGGUGGUAAUGCAGGAGGAGGACAUGGUGGACAACAUGGAGGUUUACAUGGUUUCGCACAAGGUGGCAAUGCAGGUGGAGGACAUGGUGGACAACAGGGAGGUUUACAUGGUUUCGCACAUGGUGGUAAUGCAGGAGGAGGACAAGGAGGGCAACAAGGAGGUUUGCAUGGCUUUGCACAUGGAGGUAAAGCUGGUGGGGGACAUGGUGGACAACAUGGAGGUUUGCACGGUUUUGCACAGGGUGGUAAUGCAGGAGGAGGACAUGGUGGACAACAAGGAGGUUUACAUGGUUUCGCACAUGGUGGUAAUGCAGGAGGAGGACAAGGAGGGCAACAAGGAGGUUUGCAUGGCUUUGCACAUGGAGGUAAAGCGGGUGGGGGACAUGGUGGACAACAUGGAGGUUUGCAUGGUUUUGCACAUGGUGGUAAGGCAGGAGGAGGGCAAGGAGGACAACAAGGAGGUUUACAUGGUUUCGCACAAGGUGGUAAGGCAGGUGGAGGACAGGGUGGGCAACAUGGAGGUUUACAUGGUUUCGCACAAGGUGGUAAUGCAGGAGGAGGACAUGGUGGACAGCAUGGUGGCUUACAUGGUCGCGCACAUGGUGGUAACGCUGGUGGUGGACAAGGUGGACAUGGUGGUAAAGGACAAGGUAUAGGCCCUAUCGUUCCCAUCGGUAAAUUAGCGCAACCACAACAUGAUGGUGGUAGGCGAGUUGGGCAAGAUGAAACAGCAUAGCAAAAUAUCGUAAAAUUUGGUGGAGGGCAAUGGCGCAGAACACGGCAUGAUCUUCUUUGGGGUACGCAACUUCUUGCUUGAGAUAUUCGUUUAAAUGGAACAGGAGAGUUUUCUUCAGAACAGUAUGUUGCAUUUAGUUUUUUAGGUGUAUUUGGAUAUGAUAUUGAUUGACAUAUAAGGCGACCAGAUGGUAUAGGAUAAUUUUUUAUUUUCUUUGUGUAGCUUAUUCCUGGACAUGAUAAACAUUGCGUUGGGCAACCAGAUUCUGAAUAAUCUGUUGGGUAUGACGGUAUACACGAAGAUUUAUCAAUAUUAUUUGGUUCGUUUGUAGGUAUGUUAUUAACAUGAUCAAUACCGGUAUUCAGCUGGCUUUUCUCAAGAAUAAUCGGUUCUUCACAGUUACACUUAUAAUUUGAUGAAUCGUUUCUAUUUUUGGGAUUCAU